CCCAGUUUUACGUCAGGAAGGGAAGCCGAUUUAUUUCCUCCCCUUCUUUAUCUAAAGGAAGUGCUGAAAAAAACCACAGCAGCGAAGCGCCACAGCACCUUUUCCACUGGCCGCUCAGUUGGAGUCUGAGGAAGAAGAAGUCGAAGGAGUUUACGCAGAGUCACCAUGAAGACCAUCAGGGUUCUCGUCCUGCUGCUGCUAGUGUCUGUCCAUGUCUUCACACCAGCCGCAAAAGAAGUCACAAGUGCACCUCUACCAGCUACAAUCAAAGCACCAACAACAGCAACAACAACAGCAACAACAACAACAACAACAACAACAACAGCAACAACAACAGCAACAACAACAGCACCAACAACAGCAUCACCACCAGCAGCAGCAACAACAACAGCAUCACCAGCACCACCAGCAGCAACAGCAGCAUCACCAACAGCAUCAGCAGCAACAACAGCAUCACCAGCACCACCAGCAGCAACAACAGCAUCACCACCAGCAGCAGCAACAACAACAGCAUCACCAGCACCACCAGCAGCAUCACCAACAGCAGCAGCAGCAGCAGCAACCCCCCCAGCAACACCAACCCCUGUAUCUACCACUGGCCCUAAUGAUGCCACCACCAUAAGUCCUGAUGAGACCAAGGAUAUGACCCAAGCACAUAAGACUGCUACACCUACAGCAACAUCUACAGACAAGAAGGUGAACACCAGUCCUGCUGUCCAUGUCAACGGGACUGAAGCUGAAAAAAACCCUCACAAGCCUACCCCAGUAAACCCCCUUGAUAACAAGACCAUUGGGAAUCCAGUACAAAACACUACUCCAAUGAUUCCAGGACAUCAAAAUGAAACAAGUCAAGAUGCAGGUUCUCAAACUGGCAAAGAUCUUCCUGAAGAACCCACAAAAUCAGACAAGAGGCUGUGGUGGAUCGUGCUGCCCGUCCUGCUGGUCGCAGCUGCUGCUUUCAUCCUCCUCAAGUUCCAAUGCAAGAAGAUCCACGGUCACACAGAAACUAUUGAUACUGGAACUGAGAACGCAUCUUUCCAGAGCAGGCCGGAAAGCACCAAAGAUGGAGUCAUGCUCCUCGGAGUAAAGUCAUCAGGCGGGGCCGAGAAUGCUGCUGCCAGAUAAAAAAAGGAGGACAUCAAGAACAGUGUGUGCCUCACACCUGUCACCCACACAAUGAGGAUCUGGAAGAACUGUUUGAUUUCUUUGAAUUUUCUCGUGAUUUUGUGAAAACAUGCAAAAAGUAUGUAUGAUUCUGUAUGCUGAAAUCAGGGUGUGUUGAUAAAUCUCAGAGUAAGUGAACCUAUUUUCAAUUACAAUAUAUUUUAUUCAGUAAAUCUUUAUAUUGAUAACCUAUAGGCUAAAUACUGUCAGCCUGUGGAACAGAAAUAAAAGCACCCUUUAUUUCAGUAUACUGUUGACAAAGACAAAUACAGCUGCAGAUCUCUGUCUACAUGUUUGUCACAAAACACCUUCCUGUACAGUGCACUGACCUCAGAUCAUCAUAUGUUUGAUGUAAUUAAUCUGUUAAUUUCAUCGUUUUAUAAUUACCCUUUGGUUGUUGCUUAUCACGUAUGUGCCUUGAACUGCUUUAUAGGAUAUUAUGUGUUUUGUGUCACAAGCUCUUUUUAGGUGCUCAUUUUUGCUUUUCAUGUAUCAGUUAAAAUGUUAAAUAUUGCACCAGUUUUUUCUACUGAAAGCUUUUUAAAGUACACAGCUGUCAGAAGGAUUUGUACUGAUGGUGAUUUGCGGUUUUUUUGUCGGUAAAUAUAAAGACGGGUUGUAUACAAAGACACUGGAAAUGCUUUUUGGCUGGAAUAUGUUGCUCUCAUUUUCUCAAUAAAUCACAAGAGAAAGGUU